AUGAAUAUUCGAGAAUAUAGAUUAACAAUCAUUGGAGUAUACGCAGUAAAUGAUGAUUCACCAACAGUUUCAAAAGAUACAUUCUUCCAACAGUUGAAUGAUGAGAUUAUAAAAACCGGAAAAACGAGAGAAAUAUUUUUGUUGGGGGACUUAAAUAGCCGCACCGGAAAAAGUGAUAAUGAUGUUACUAUAGGAAAAUAUGGAGAAGAUACGCUCAUUAACAAUGGAGAAAGACUAAUUGACAUGUGCAAACAGAAUAACUUAAGAAUUCUCAAUGGAUUUUAUCAACACCGUAACAUACACAAAUAUACGUGGAUACAAGGCACAAAAAAAUUAAGAUCUAUCAUAGAUUACGUAAUUACUAAACAAAAAACAAAACUACAGAUUCAAGACGUAAGGGUAUAUAGAGGGGCGAUAUGCGGUAGCGACCACCACCUCCUAAAAGCGAAAAUAUUUCUACCAUAUAAACGAGAAAAAAUAGAAUAUAAAGAAAUAGAAAAUGUAACGAAAGAAAUUGAAGAGAGAAGGUACAACUUAACAGCGUUCGAGGACCCCAGCGUGCAAAUGUUAUACAGAAAAAAAUUAGAGGAAAAAUUACAACAACAACGUUUCGAAACUCUGGAGAAACAUUAUUAUUAUGUCAAGGAAUGCAUACACAAAGCAGCUUCUGAGGUCCUGGGUACAAUCGACAAUAAUGAAAGGAAAAGGAAGCCUUACUGGUGGGACACGGAUAUACAGGAUAUUAUAGAGGAUAAAAGACGCAAAUAUACAAAAUACUUGAGCACCAAGAAGAUCGAAGACAAACUAAUAUAUAAAAAAGCCCAAGGUAAAGUACGAAGAGAAAUAUGCCAGAAGAAAAAUCUGAUAUGGGAAAAUAAGUGUAAUCAACUAAACACAUAUAUAGGAGGUAGAAGAAGCACAGAAAGUUGGAAAUUUAUAAAAAAUGUCAGAAAGGGAAAAGGCAAAAAAAUCUGA